AAGAGAGAAGAAGAAAGGAAAGACACGAUAUCGGAGACGAAGACAGAAGAAGAAGAAGACGAACCAGAAGUAUAAUAUCAUGAGAACAAGGAGAGGCCUUUGUUACCCGAGAGUUGUCGUGGGAGGCAAUACUAUGUGCUCGGAGACGAAGGUCUUCAACAAGAGGAAAGAUUUCGCCGUUGGUGAACGGACUAUUACCCGUAAACGGAUAAAAGCCUCGCCGGAGUUUUCCGCCGCUGGCGGAACUGAUUUGUUCGACUCCUUGCCGGACGAUCUUGUUAUUUCUAUUCUCACCAAACUUAGCUCCACCGCUCGUUGUCCUUCCGAUUUCAUCAACGUCUUGAUAACAUGCAAAAGAUUAAACGGAUUAGGCCUUCAUUCCAUGGUAUUAUCCAAAGCUUCUCAGAAAACGUUCGCCAUUAAAGCCAAGAACUGGUCCGAGUCGGUUCACCGAUUCCUGAAACAGUGCGCCGAUGCCGGAAACGUUGAGGCUUGCUAUACUCUCGGCAUGAUUCGCUUCUACUGUUUACAAAACCGAGGCAGCGGAGCCUCGAUGAUGGCCAAGGCGGCGAUUAGCUCCCACGCGCCGGCGCUCUACUCCCUCGCUGUCAUUCAGUUCAACGGCAGCGGCGGCUCCAAAAACGACAAGGACCUCCGCGCCGGUGUGGCCCUCUGCGCACGAGCAGCGUUUCUCGGCCACAUCGACGCGCUUCGCGAGCUCGGGCACUGCCUCCAAGACGGCUACGGUGUCCGCCAAAACAUCGCCGAGGGACGGCGGUUCCUCGUCCAGGCCAACGCGCGGGAGCUCGCGUCGGUUCUCUCCGCAGCGUCGUCGGUUAAUGAGAUCUCCACGCGCCAGUGGCUGACGUGGAAUCCACUCCCCCAUCCGCAUCCGCAUCCGCACCCGCACCCCCAGCUUCGGUACCUUACCGGCUCGGGCUGCCCGCUGCUGAGCGACUUUGGCUGCAACGUUCCCGCGCCGGAGGCUCAUCCGGCAAGCCGGUUCCUGGCAGAGUGGUUCGCCUCGCGUAGUGGUGCGCCUGGGCACGGGCUGAGGCUCUGCUCGCACGUGGGGUGCGGAAGGCCGGAGACGAGGAGGCACGAGUUCCGUCGGUGUUCCGUCUGCGGCCGCGUUAACUACUGCUCACGCGCAUGUCAGGCACUUGACUGGAAGCUACGCCACAAGGCGGAGUGCGUCCACGUGGACCGGUGGCUCCAUGACGACGGUGACGGUGGCGUUGACGGUGACGGUGACGGUGAUGCAAACGGUAACGGAGGCGUUGGUGGUGAUGGCGUCAUCGCGGAUAGUUAGAGGUUUUUUCCUUUUUUUUUUUUUUUUUUCUUUUUUUGAGGCAAUAGGUAACUGUGUGACUGUUACGGAAAACAGUAAUUGGUCAAUACGAGUUGAGGAUUUAAAAAAAAAAAAGGAAAAAGAAAAAAUGAAAAAGGAAGUGAGAGAUACAGUGCCACUGGUUGGGAAACGAAUUUGGCCAUUUUUGGUGGGGGCAUAGAUUAAGUUAAUCAUGGCCGUUCGAUUAAACGGAGUUUUGUUCCCCGUUGGUGUAUAGAGGGGGUUUUCGGUUAAACAAUGGCAGGGGUUUUUUUUUUUUUUUUUUUUUUUUUUUUUCCUCUCUUACUUUUUGUCCAUUUUGUACUAUAGAGCAACUGUCAGCCUUAAUUUCGCUUAAAAGAAAUUUUAAAAGUCAAAUUCUCUUUCCUAUUAUUAUUUUUCAGAUUCUCUCCAUUUUGGUAUUUUGAUUUUGGUAAUGGUAUUCAAAUCACGUGUAUGGC